AUGCACGCAUGCGAUCGACUUCCAUACUUAAACAAUUCUCUCUUUUCCAACUCACGAAAACUCAACAACAUUAAUUUUCCUCAAAAAAUCAAAGAACUCCGAUAUGGUUGUUUCUAUAAUUGUGAAUCCUUAAAAUCUGUUACAUUACCUGAUUCACUUGAAACAAUAUAUGAUUGGAGUAGUACCCAUGGACGAGUAUUUAAUGAUUAUUUAGAAUCUGUUACAAUCACAUCACAGUCCAAUUUAACAACUAUUUUGUCCGAUGCUUUUUAUCAAACAAAACUCAAAUAUUUUUAUAUUCCACCAAAGCUACAAACAAUUAUUUCAUCAGCAUUCACAGGUGUUCCAAUCGAAACAUUUGAAGUUGACCCACACAAUCCAUAUUUUAGAUCAGAUGGAAAAAUAUUGUUCAGUGGGACGAACAACAUAACUCUCCAUUUUGUUUCACCUGCAUUAACAGGCUCUUUUACAAUACCAACUUUUGUGAUUCAGAUAGGAGAGAAUUGUUUCAGAAAUUCUUAUAUCUCACAGAUAACAUUACAUUCAAAUGUUGAAGCAAUUCAAAGAUUGGCAUUUGAAGGAAUUCAAAUCACAUCGUUUGUGUACAAUUCUAAGAUAUCCCGCAUUGAAGAAAGAACGUUUAACUAA